AUGGCUGCUACGACUCCGAGAGCGAAAACCUUCCUAUCCCCUACCAAAUCCAACAAAACCCCAAACAAUAUUUAUCGCAAACCGUAUCUAUCUCCUUCUUCAACCUUGCUCACUCCCCAAACCCCACAAACCCUCACUCCUCUUCGCAGAUCCGCUCGCCACCAUGUUUCCCGGAAAAUCGAUCUGGGAAAUGACCCAAUCGAUGUCCCGGAGAGAGAAUCGGCCGAAGAAAUGAAUCUAAUUCGAAAAAGAGAGAGAGCGCCGAGAAAACCGACCACUGAUUUCGAGCAAUCGGAGAAUCUCAAAACUCCGAAGAAGAGAAUCGCUAAAUCCAAAGUCGCCGAGAAGGAUUCGUUAGAUGCCGAAGUCUCCUUCUCUCCCGUUUCCCCAAAUCGAUCGGAGUCGUCGACGACGAAGAAGAGGAAAAAGCCUGAAGAGAAACUUACAGGUUCAACAAAAUCCAAUAAUAAGAGAGUAUACUACAAUAAAGUCGAAUUCGACGGUACCGGAUUCGAAAUCGGCGACGAUGUGUAUCUCAAAAGGAGAGAAGACGCGAAAUCAGACGAGGAAGACGACCCGGAAAUCGAAGAUUGCCGGAUUUGCUUCAAAUCAGGUAUCGAAACAAUGCUCGAGUGUGAUGAUUGCUUGGGCGGGUUUCAUUUAAAAUGCUUGAAGCCGCCAUUGAAAGAAGUCCCAGAAGGAGACUGGAUCUGUCAAUUUUGCGAGGUUCGAAAGUCCGGUCAGACGCUCGAGGCUCCAAAGCCACCGGAAGGGAAGAAGCUGAUGAGGACGGCGAGAGAGAAGCUUCUCUCUAGCGAUCUAUACGCUGCUCGGAUCGAGAAGCUCUGGAAAGACGUCGAUGGCGUGUAUUGGAUUAGAGCUCGUUGGUAUAUGAUACCUGAAGAGACUGCUUCAGGGCGUCAAGCUCAUAACCUGAAACGAGAGGUUUACCUCACGAAUGAUUUUGCUGAUAUAGAGAUGGAUUGUAUACUCAGGCAUUGUUAUGUCAAGUCUCCGGAGGAGUUCUCAAAGGCGAGCAACGAUGGUGAUGAUGUGUUCUUGUGUGAGUAUGAGUACGAUGUGCAUUGGCAUAGCUUCAAGCGUUUGGCUGAGUUAGCUGAUGGAGAUGCAGAGAGUGACCAUGAAUGGAACAACUCUAGGAAAGAAGAGGAGGAAGAGGCUGAUGAUAGUGAUGAAGAGAUGGAGAUUGAAGAUGAAGAAAGUGUUCGUGUAGAUUCCAAGAGUAAGAGAGACUUAACAACGACUGCUUCAAAAGCUGCGAAUUCACUUAAAGGUCGUUUCUUUGGACUGGAGAAGGUUGGAGCGAAGCAGAUUCCUGAGCAUGUGAGGUGUCAUAAGCAGAGCGAGUUAGAGAAAGCGAAAGCUACUUUGUUGUUGGCUACACGUCCAAAGUCUCUUCCUUGCAGGAACAAGGAGAUGGAAGAGAUCACUGCGUUUAUCAAAGGUUCGAUCUCUGAUGAUGAGUGUUUAGGAAGAUGUAUGUACAUCCAUGGUGUUCCAGGGACAGGGAAGACUAUUAGCGUACUAUCGGUGAUGAAGAAUCUGAAAGCUGAGGUUGAAGCAGGAAGUGUAAGUCCGUAUUGCUUUGUGGAGAUCAAUGGUCUCAAACUGGCUUCACCGGAGCACAUUUACACUGUGAUCUACGAAGCGUUGAGUGGUCAUCGUGUGAGUUGGAAGAAAGCUCUACGUUCGUUGAACGAGAGGUUCGCAGAAGGGAAACGGAUUGCGAAAGAGGAGGAGAAGCCUUGCAUACUUCUCAUCGACGAGCUUGAUCUGUUAGUCACAAGAAACCAGUCUGUGUUGUACAACAUUCUUGAUUGGCCUACAAAGCCUAACUCCAAGCUGAUUGUGUUGGGGAUAGCAAACACUAUGGAUCUUCCUGAGAAGCUGCUUCCUCGGAUCUCAAGCCGAAUGGGAAUACAGAGACUCUGUUUCGGUCCUUACAACCACACUCAGCUGCAAGAGAUCAUCUCCACGAGGCUGAAUGGUAUCGACGCAUUCGAGAAGCAAGCGAUCGAGUUUGCUUCGAGGAAAGUCGCUGCGAUCUCGGGGGAUGCGAGACGUGCGCUGGAGAUAUGCAGACGAGCAGCGGAAGUAGCGGAUUACCGUCUGAAGAAGAAGGACAAUGCGGCCGCGAAGAAUCAGCUGGUGGUUAUGGGAGAUGUUGAAGCAGCGAUCCAGGAGAUGUUUCAGGCGCCUCACAUUCAGGUUAUGAAGAGCGUUUCGAAGCUGAGCAAGAUCUUCUUGACGGCUAUGGUUCAUGAGCUGUACAAGACGGGAAUGGCGGAGACGACGUUUGAUAGAGUGGCGACGACGGUUUCGGCCUUCUGCUUAACCAAUGGAGAAGCUUUUCCUGGUUGGGAUGUUCUUCUCAAGAUCGGUUGUGAUCUCGGUGAAUGCAGGAUUAUUCUAUGUGAGGCGGGACAGAGGCAUAGGUUGCAGAAGCUGCAGCUGAAUUUUCCAAGUGAUGAUGUUGCUUUUGCAUUGAAAGACAACAAGGAUCUUCCAUGGCUGGGUAAUUACUUGUGA